UCGACGAGCGAGGGCGAGGACCGACGAUGACGACGGUACCGACGCGCGCGACGACGCGCGCGACGACGGUAUCGACGCGCGCGCGAGCGACGCGCGCGAUGGCGACGACGACGACGACAGCGUCAACGGCUCGGCACGCGGCGACGGGAGGGCGACGCGCGCGCGACGGACGCGCGCGAUUAGAGAUGACACGCGGGGGCGGUGGAGUGAACGUCAACGACGCGUCGACGGCGGGCAGGGCGCGCCGACGCGCGCGAGGGGGAAGACGGACGACGACGACGACGACGAACGCGAUUAGCGACGCGACGGAGCCAGAGCUCGCGGCGACGCGCGCGACGAUUCCGAUAUCGUCGUUCGAUGAAGAAGAGCGCGCCGUGGAUGAAGAGAGGGACGAAGAAACGCACACCGGAUCGCUCGCGGGCGUCGUGGCGCUCAUCGUGGGAAGUACCGUGGGGGCGGGGGUGCUGGCGCUUCCGGCGGCGACGGCGGAAGCCGGCAUCUUGCCGGCGAGCGGGGCGUUGAUAGGGGUGUGGAUCUUACUCGUGUGCGACGCCUUGCUGUUGGCCGAGGUGAAUGUGGGGAUUAUGCGAGAGCGAGACGAAGAUCGGUUGACGCACGGACGAGGGCACUCGCCGGUGGUGAUUUCUUUGAGCGACAUGGCGGAGCGGACGCUCGGCACCGAAGGCAAAGUUUUCGCGUCGGCGCUGUACUCAUUCAUGUCGCUCACCGUGCUCGUAGCGUACAUAAGCAAGGGCGCGGAGAUUUUAGAUGGCGCGCUCGAAAUCGGCCCAUCGCUCGCCGCAGUGAUGUUCACCGCCGGUUUAGGGGGUACGAUUUGCUUGGGGGGAUCUAAGGUGGCCGACAAGCUGAACCAAAUGUUGACGUACGGUUCCCUCAUCGCGUUCGCCGCGUUCGUGGGAAGCGGAGCGUUUUACGCGGAUUGGAGCCAUGCGAAUUGGAUGGGCUCGACCGAUGCCGUCCCGUCGACGAUUCCAAUCAUUUUCCUCACGCUCGUGUAUCACGACUUGAUACCCGUCAUGUGCGCGUUUUUGCAAGGCGACAUGAAGCAAAUUCGGCGAGCUAUUUUAAUCGGUUCAUCGAUCCCGCUCGCCAUGUUUUUGCUGUGGAAUACCGUCGCUUUGGCUAUGGCUGGAGGUGAUAUCACGGCGGAUCCUCUGAGCAUCAUAUCCGAAGAUCUCGGUGGCUCCGCAAGCGUGCUUUUGAGCCUCUUCGGCGUCAGCGCCAUCGGCACGUCCUUCAUCGGCGUCUCUCUCGGUAUGUCCGAGUAUUUGAUGCCAUUCAUGGAGAACGCCGUCUCGCGCGUGCUCACGUUCGCCGCCUUCCUCUCCGUCCCCCUCUUCGUCGCGGAACAAUGUCCAAACAUUUUUCUUCCCGUCACCAACUUUGUCGGUGCGUACGGAAUGACGACACUUUACGGUGUUAUGCCGCCAAUCAUGGCGUAUACGAUGCGACAAGAGAGGAGAGAGUCUCGGCGAGCCGACCCAUUCGCGCCGCUCGCGUUGCGCUUCAAGACAAACACACUGCUUCCCGGCGGUCGUCUCACGCUCAGCGCGCUCAGUCUAUCCGCCGUCGCCAUCGCACUUUCUAAAGUGUACGAGGAUAUCUCC